AUGGAGUAUCCUCAGAAGAGGCUCAGCAUUGCCGUGCUCGGUUGCGGCUUCAUGGGAACCGCCAUCAUCAAAGGCCUACUCACCAGCAUCCGCUCUGGGCAAUCAGAUCCUGAUGACUUCAAAAUGGAGAUAUACGCCUGUGUCCGGUUCCAGGAAUCCUUCGAGCGCGUGCAAAAGGCUCUCGGUGAUGAGGCUCAUCGCGUCCAAAGCGCUACACAUCUUCAUGCAUGGGCUCAGGCUGUCGACAAGGCAGAUGUGAUCAUGUUAGGUAUUCCACCUGCUGAGCUCAAGUCUAUUUCGGAAAAUGUACCCCUGUGCAGGUCUCUGAGAGGGAAACUUGUUAUCAGUUUAUUGGCAGGCGCUUCUUGUGAGCAGAUCACAGAUGCAUUUGUUCACAACGACAAGGCGAACCGAGCAACACAAUUCAACGUCAUACGCGUUAUACCGAGUAUUGGAGCGCAGAAUCUGGACUCAGUCACUAUGAUUGCGGACACACCACAUGCUGGGGAUGACCAGAAGGCCUUGUGUGACUGGAUCUUCAAGCAGAUUGGAAGUGUGCACUAUCUGCCUGAGAACCUUAUGGACGAAGCCACUGCUACGCAUGCGACUUGUAAUGCUCUCACUAUGAUUGCUGUUGAUGCCGUCACGGAUGCUGCGGUGGCCGAGGGUAUACCUCGUGCACAGGCAUUGGCGCUGGCGGCACAGAGUCUGAAGAGUGCAGCUGGUCUGCUGGAUAGCGGUAUGACUCCCGAAUCACUCAAGGAGUCGAUGUCUGUUCCAAAGGGUAUCACGAUCAAUGCUCUACUUGAUCUCGAAAAAAGUCAAGUCAGAUCAGGAGUUUCCGAUGCAACCAGGAAUGCCAUCAAAUAUACGAGGAACAUGAGUUAA